GAAUCGUAAAUAGUUGUGCGGGAAGCGAAGAGGCUCUUCUGAAUUAAACUGAGCUAGCUGAGCGAAAAAGAUGAUGAGAUGGCUUCUUCUCCUACAGUAUUUUUGCUCAUGAUGAGCGGUCAGAUUGAAGGAGGAGAUUUUCCAGAGUUUGAUGAUCUCUAUGUAAAAUACAACUUCGUUUAUGGUCCAGACUGGGUCAUUACAAGUGGUCUUGAGGAAGGUAUCUCACAAGUUUGUAAGAAGAAUGUGUAUGGAAACCAAUAUUUUGUGUGGAACUUUCCUCUGGACGUGACAUUCAAGAGCACUAACCCUUAUGGCUGGCCUCAGUUAGUUUUAAGUGUGUAUGGUUUAGACGCUUUUGGCACAGCUGUGGUCAGGGGAUACGGAGCAGUUCACAUACCCAUCACACCAGGAAGACAUUCAAGGGUAGUCCCGAUGUUUGUGCCAGAAGCCUCUUCAAGGUUCCAGAAAUUCUUAGGGUGGUUUAUGGGGCGGAGACCUGAGUAUGUUGAUACCAAUGUGGUAGCCAGAGGAGAGGGAAGAGAAGUAACCCGAGUCCGAUCCCAGGGCAGCAUCAAGUGCCAGUUCAACAUCAUCACCAGGGACAUGAAGAAGCUCGGUUACGAUGCCACGCCCGGCACCAUGACCACGCCCAAUGCGGGUCUGCCAAACAGUUCCGCGCCGGGAGCGGGAGCCGCGGCAGAACCCUCGUCCAACAAGGGUGGAGACCACUCAUGACAGGGCUCGACUGGGGUGGCAGAGUUGAAGGUCACAGGUCACAGAGGUCGCAUUUUGUUGUGAUAACUGAAGAACCUUUCGAUAGUUCAGGUCAGCGAAGUCCACAUUUGGUUGAGUUGAAUCAAGUGUGCAAAUGUAUAGAGAUGUGAAUGACAGGGCUCAUCUUAAAUUGGGCUGGAUUGCUUGCCGAAACAAGAUAAAUAUUGUUCUUUGAGUGUGAACUUUUGUUGCCAAUGAUGGACCAUGUUACUGUUAUGUAUGGAUACCUCAAUGAAUGGUUGGGUAGGGUUAGGAGGCUGUUUCCCAAAGAUGUUUUGUAUUAAAAAGUGAACUAUAAAAGUUAACAAGUAUCUUAGGGAUGUUUUGAAGAAAUAAAAGAAGUUUAAGUUAAAGUCCUUCAUAAAUUCACAGAUUAAUCUAUAAGAUUAAUCAGUGAUUUUUACUGACAUUAGAUGCACAGAUUUCUGACUAUGACACCUUUCUUACAACCUUCCUAAAACUAGUUUACUGGAAACUAGUUUAACGUGUAGUGAGAACGGUCGAAGUGAUCUUCCAAACCGGUCCAGAAAACCACCUCGCGAUGUAGUUUUUAAGAUCGCUUCACCUCGGUAAACUGGUUUUAGCGCAAGUGAGGGCACAACCGUUCUUCGUGAAGCGAUCUUCGCACAUUUUGAGCUCGUUACUCCACACGACAGGUGUAGAAUGCCUACGCUGCAGUUUCAAUUUUGUGCGAAAACAUGUAACUCCUACUGUAACUCCUAUGUAACUACUGUGAGUUCUGUAGCAACCUUGAACCUUGAAGAGUAAUCCCUUUCAGCAGCUUCAAAGCUAUCCCGGGAUGAAAACAUUCUGUGUAUCAGUUCGGGGUACCAUGGUGAGGUAAUUUGAAAUUUCACUUUAUAUACAUUAAAAGUGUGUGUGUACCAUGCAAGUCAAAACUGCCUCUUGGUUUACAGCAUAAGAGACCCAACAGGAGCCUGCAUCAUGCGGAUGAAUGGCAGCGCAGCCUCUCGAAAUACAGCUGGGUUUGUUCCUGUUACAACAGGUCCAGGUAGAUGAUUCCAAAUUUUUGACAGUAUGUGGGAAGAUAGAGAACUUGUAUGCAUCAGUGGUUUUUUUCGGGAUAGCAUAUUUAAGGCUGUAAUCAUAUCGUCCAACAUGUCCACAUUUCGUGAAGUAUUCUUUAAAACCACUUUCGGGUGAUGAAAUGAGAACGCUAGCAAAGCGAUGUUCGAAAACCGGUUUCCUGAACCGGUUUCCAGUAAACUAGUUUUUAGAAAGUAUAGUGAGAACGGGGUCUUUGUUUCAUGAAAUGCUUUCCAUUUGUGUACGACAGAUGAGAUCCUUUGCAUUGAAAUUCAACUUUUGUUUCAAGUUCAGUAGGAAAUACCAGCUCUAUGAUCUGAUGGCUUAAAUGCCAACCUAUUUAAUUCUCCUAUUUCUCAAUGAUCUGACUGAAUGCUUGGCUGGCGUACAUCCAGGCGCCAAGAAAUCAAUAAGUUCUUGUCCUGUCUAGAAAUCUGAUCCACCUCAAGGAAAUGAAACCUAAAUAGUAAUUCCUCAUAAAUGAUACCAAUUCUAUCAUUUUUUCCUGAUAAUGAGCUUUUGUUUGGCUCUAAGAAAUGAUAGGCAAACCCUGGAAGGACAGUCUUACCUAGAGAGAGUUUCGUCUAUAUUUUCUUGUCCAACAAAUUGAGAACUUUCCCUGAGUUUGGCUGAAUAUGGUAACUGCUACAUGCUACUCUGAAAGUCACAACUUUGUGUCAUUGAUACAUGUAAUGCAAUAUUUAAAGUGACAUUCAUAUUUUUUAUUUUAUCAGCAACACUUCUUGUAUGAUGAGUAAGAAAGAGUUUCUGCUUUGGCAAUUUUCCAAACACAUGUUUAACACCAUGCAUUUCAAUACUAGGUCCAAGUGUAUUCCCGAAAUGCAAAUCCAUGUUAUUCUACACUGGACCCAAGUUUGCCUAAGGCUCAGAUGCACCAACUCAAAAUUGACCAAUGGGAUGCCAUUCAACAUAGCAUAAUAGCUUUAUUUGGUCCCAAGUUUCGAUGGUGUGACAUUGUGGGCGUGGCUGCUUUGAAAGUUGAUCUGCAUUGGUGUUUGAUCGCAAAAACAUUUUUGACAUUUCCAACAAUUUCCUGUUACCACCCCUCACACUGUAGUGGUGGGUGGGGUGCUUUUGGUCACAGGAACACUCUCUCGCAUGUAUUUGCAGUAUAAUAAGUGUAUAGCCC